AUGCCACCCCCAGUCCAGUCAGGCCGCGCAAAAGCACGGAUCUGUGUACAUUGCGGUAGAGCUUUCCGUCGCACCGAACAUUUAGAGCGCCAUGUCCGAACUCACACUAAGGAGAAGCCGUUCAUCUGCUUCUGUGGGGCGGCCUUUACUAGGCGUGAUCUAUUGAAGAGACACAAUCGAAUCUCCCAUCAGGAUGGAUUCACCUCACCGGACUCCCAGCCCAGUCUCCAGCCCUCAACCUCAACCUCGGCCUCAGUCCCAGUCCCAGUCUCAGUCCAACCCCCACCCGCUCCUGCAGCCAUCCCGCAGCCGCAGUAUGAUGCAUCAGCCCGACCUGCAUCGAUACAUCAGCAGCAGCAGCCACCGCCGCCUCAAUGGACAGGGCCGCCGCCACCUCAGCCUUCAUACUUACCCCAGAGCCAGCCUCCAAUGAUGCCCGUAGGCCCAACUCCCAAUUCUAAUACCAACCAGGAGGGGCACCCUGGAAUGCAUGAUCCCGCCAUGCUGCAGGCAGCUCAGCUGCUCCUCCCAGGCGACUACCAAGCACCUUCCUUACCCUAUUUGCCCGAGGAUCUCAAUCAUUUCCAAGAAUUUACCCAUUUUUUGGACUCCAUUGGUCUCCCCGCCGAAUGGCUGCCCUUUGAGGCAGACCCAUCCCAGAUCCAAGAUAUUGGAAUUGAGGAUGUCCAGAAACCAAUUGCACCCUCUCAGGAACAGAUGAAGCGACCGAGAAGUAUUCGUGAUGGCUCGAGAGGAGAUUCCCCUUUUCGUUCAUGGCUACCAUCGGUACCCCGUGGGGAUCAAAGCCUAGGUACUCUUUCCGAUAGCGAGCCACCGCAGGCUACCGGCAAAAUCUCUCGAUUCAACGUUUCAGAGGAUCAACGCUUCCGACUUGCUGCAUCUCUUGAGGACUUUCGAAAUGUCAUACCGGAUUUCACCCUUCCUUCUCGCCAUACUCUGACUCGCUACCUCACGUCCUACUUCGAGGGAUUCCAUCCCCACAUUCCGUUUAUUCACAUCCCAACUUUCCGCUUCAGCGAGUGUUCUGCCGAAUUAGUUCUCGCGAUGAUGACCAUCGGUGCCCAGUAUCGCUUUGAGCACCGCAAUGCCGAAAAAAUAUUUCAUGUUUCCAAGGCAGUCCUUUACGAACGUAUGAGCAGAGAAUCCCAGUCAGGUUACCCGAUGGCCUCCCAAUAUGGAGAUCAGAAUCGAUCAGCGGGUAGCGGGGGCACCGCCGCUUCGCGGAAGAUGGAGGUGGUUCGUUGUUUACUCGUCCUCAUGAGUUAUGCUACCUGGGAGCGGGCAGGACUUGUACAGGAGGCAUUCCAUAUUCAAGGUCAGCUAGUUCAGCACCUUCGCGACGUUGGGUUGACGGAGCCAUAUUCUGAUGCGCGUGGUCAACCACUGGACUGGUAUGAAUGGGCAGACCAAGAGUCCCUUCGGCGAACUAAACUUAUCGCUUUCUGCUUCAUUCAUAUUCACAGCCUGGCCUAUAAUGUCUAUCCAUCGCUACGCAGCAGCGAAAUCCACAUGCGACUUCCCUGCUCGACGAUCGAAUGGAUAGCGAACAACGCCGUCGAAUGGGAAGCUGCCCAGCAAGCCCGUGGUCCUCAACAGUUGUUUUUCCAAGACGCGCUGACACUUUUGCUUCAAAAGUCGCGCUCGGCAGUACCAUUGGAGCCGAUACCCGCUCCGUUGGGAAAUUACAUGCUGCUGCAUGGUCUGCUUCAGCGAAUCCACAUUGUCAGCGAACUUUCCUUGCCGAAUGGGCUUCAUUCGACCAGCUUGCCGACCGAAGAACUGAACAAGAUAGAGCGAGCCCUCCGCUCCUGGACUAGUGUCUGGCAACAAGCCCCAGAGUCAAGCCUCGACCCACACAACGAUAAUGGACCGAUCCCCUUUACAUCAAGCUCGCUCCUCGGACUUGCCUAUGUGCGCCUGUCUCUCAAUCUCGGUCCGUACCGCCGUCUCGAAACGCGCGACCCAGCUACCAUUGCCGCUGCCCUGUACCGAUCCCCAAAGCCAGAGCGAAGUUACCGCCUGAUCCCAGCCCUUAUAUAUGCUGCACAUGCCCUCAGCAUUCCAGUGCGCCUGGGAAUUGAUCACAUCGCACGCAGCCAGGCAUUCUUUUGGAGUGUGCGCCAUUCUCUCGCAAGCUUGGAAUGUGCGGUCCUGCUGAGCAAGUGGCUAUUCACUCUUGCAGAGGCGGGGCCAGACCAGGCGCUGAGUGAAAACGAAAGCCGUAUUCUUCGCUGGACCCAAUGUAUUGUUGAAGAGGCCUAUUCUUCUAUUGACCUUGAAGACGAAUCCGAAGCCCCGCUAAACCUUGAGCCGCCGGCAUUGGGCAUGGCGGUUCUAAAGCUGUGGUCCAGAUUGUUCAAACGUAAUACCCAAUGGCCGUUUAUUAAUUGUCUGGGAAAUAGCUUGGAGCAGUAUAUGAUUAUGAUUUAG